GUCAUUAUUGACUAAAAUUUCGUGUAAUAUGGUGUAUUGAAAUUGUCUACAAGUUUUUUUUUUUAUAUAAUAUUUUUAUUGUUUAUCGGCAACGAAAUUUUAACUAACUAUAUUUUAGAUAAUAAAUUAUUUUUGAAAUAACUACAAUGAGGGAAAUCGUUCACAUUCAGGCCGGACAAUGCGGAAACCAAAUCGGAGCCAAGUUCUGGGAGGUGAUUUCUGACGAGCACGGCAUCGACCCCACUGGCGCUUACCAAGGCGACUCUGAUCUUCAACUAGAACGCAUUAAUGUGUACUACAAUGAAGCCUCUGGUGGGAAAUAUGUACCCCGAGCCGUACUUGUCGAUCUCGAACCUGGCACGAUGGAUUCAGUACGCUCCGGACCUUUCGGCCAAAUAUUCCGCCCUGAUAACUUCGUAUUUGGGCAAUCCGGAGCAGGCAACAAUUGGGCUAAAGGCCAUUAUACUGAAGGUGCUGAGUUGGUAGAUUCAGUUCUCGAUGUAGUUCGAAAAGAAGCAGAAGGCUGUGAUUGCUUGCAAGGCUUUCAACUAACCCACUCGCUUGGCGGUGGCACGGGUUCUGGCAUGGGGACAUUACUAAUAUCGAAGAUUCGAGAAGAAUAUCCAGACCGCAUAAUGAAUACCUUUUCAGUAGUGCCCAGUCCGAAGGUAUCUGACACUGUAGUAGAGCCUUACAACGCUACAUUAUCAGUACAUCAACUGGUAGAAAAUACAGAUGAAACAUACUGCAUAGAUAACGAAGCUUUGUAUGACAUCUGCUUUAGAACGCUCAAGUUGACGACGCCGACUUACGGGGACCUGAAUCAUCUGGUAUCUGCAACUAUGUCAGGAGUGACGACGUGUCUACGGUUUCCGGGUCAAUUGAACGCGGAUCUGCGAAAGCUAGCAGUGAAUAUGGUCCCAUUCCCGCGACUACAUUUCUUCAUGCCAGGAUUCGCGCCGCUUACCUCUCGAGGUAGUCAGCAGUACAGAGUGCUGUCCGUACCAGAGCUCACGCAGCAAAUGUUCGACGCCAAAAACAUGAUGGCGGCCUGCGACCCGCGGCAUGGUCGAUAUCUAACCGUGGCUGCCGUCUUCCGCGGGCGGAUGUCCAUGAAGGAAGUGGACGAACAAAUGCUAAACAUACAAAAUAAGAACAGCAGCUACUUCGUAGAGUGGAUUCCUAAUAACGUCAAAACAGCCGUGUGCGACAUACCGCCUCGUGGACUGAAGAUGUCUGCGACCUUUAUAGGCAAUACGACAGCCAUUCAAGAACUGUUCAAAAGAAUAUCCGAGCAGUUUACAGCUAUGUUCAGGCGAAAAGCUUUCCUUCACUGGUAUACCGGCGAAGGUAUGGAUGAGAUGGAGUUUACCGAAGCGGAGAGUAAUAUGAAUGAUCUGGUGUCAGAAUACCAACAGUAUCAAGAUGCCACGGCCGAUGAUGAAGGCGAGUUCGAUGAGGAAGUGGAAGAACAGUGAUUGUGUCCAUGUAUCGUCCAAUGUAUUGUAAUUGUCUGUGUGUAAUGUUGUAAUCUUAUCUAUUAUACCUACAUGUUAUGUUUUUGUCUACACAAAUGUUCGGAAUAAAUAAUUAAACUGCCAAAUGUUUUGUAAACCUA